AUGCUCCUCGCUGCGCUCCCCGCGCUGGCUGCGUGCAGCGCGCUGCGUCCGAGCUUUCGCCAGCCCUCCGCGCCCACGCGGCGGCACGCGAUGAUAUUCGCCAGCGAGGGCGACAAACUCGAAACGGAACGAGCCGCAGUCGAGGCAAACGCGUCGCAGUUCAGCGAGUCAACGUGGUCCGAGGCGGUCGCGUCGGUGGAGGCGGCGCUCGCGGCCGGCUGGGAGGCGCAGGCCGAGGAGAGGGCAGAACUGCGCGCCGCCAUCGAGGCGCGCGCGGAAGAGUGA